CAGAUAAGUCUAAAUAUCUACAAUUAUGAGUCAAAAAUUACUAUUUACUCUAUUUAUAGCACUAUUGUUGCUACAGGUUGUAGAUUGCAAGAAAUCAGGAGGAACGAAAAGCGGAACCAAAGGAUCAUCAUCAUCCUCUUCAAAACCUUAUUCAUCAUCCUCGACUUCGAGUGGAUCGUCAAAAAAUGAUGCUGGAGAAUCACAAAUAAAUCCAUUAGUUGAAUUUAUAGCUGGGAUUAUAUUAUUCAUUAUGGCAUUUCCUAUCUUAUGGCUCAACGAAUACAAAGCUGCUGAAAAUGAAGUAAAUUUAGAAAGGGCAGAAAAGGAAUGCGUAUCAACCAAUUGUCUUGAAGUCAAUCCUAAUUUAGAGAAAAGGUUAAUCCACAUAAAUGGCUAGACAAGAACUGAUAACAUUCUUAAGGAUGAGGAGUUUGGGAUUGAAGUGGAUAAUUGUUUGGUUCUGAAACGUAAAGUUGAAACUUAUCAAUGGAUCAGAAAAGAAGAGACUGAUGGAGUUGGCAAUAAUAAAAAAAUCAAAGUAUUCUUUGUCCCUGAAUGGUCUGCAAUUAAACAAGGAAGUUAUGAAAACUUUGAAAAUAAUGAAUCGGAUUGGACUGUCAAGAAGAAAUCUAAAUACGCUAAAGAUGUGUAUUUAGGAGCUUAUCUUCUUACUAAAUUCUAAUUAAAAUAAGCUAAGAAUUUUUAAGAAAUCCAACCAUCACAAGAAUGGGUCACUGCAUGUGCAAAAGCAUUCCCUAAAAAGACUUAAGAACACACUAAAAUAAAAGAUGAGUACAUUUAUUUUAACAAAGUAUAUGGCAACCUCACAGUAGGAGAUCAAAGAAUCAAAUUUUAGAAAGUAAAGUGUGGAGAUGCCACAAUUGUAUCUCAAUAAAAGGGUAACACUUUCGAACCAUAUUCAUUACAUGUUAAUGAAAGCAAAUUGCUUAAUGAUUACGAUGAUAAAGGGAGCGAUCAUUCUAUCUAUGUUGGAUAAGAUUUAUCGUAGAUUUUAGAGGAGAAAGAUGAUGAAAAUGCACUAAAACGUUAACUUAAGCAUUUAUUAGAACCGAUUAAAUACAUUGAUUGGCUAUUGGAAAAAAUGCUAACAAUCCAUUAAGUAUUUGAUCAUAAGCUUAAUGAAUCCCGUAAAUUGACCAUGGCUGUCAGGUUUUUAGGUUUUCUACUAAUGUUCUUUGGGUUAAUGUUAUUCUUUUCGCCUGUUGUCUAUGUAAUUUCAUGGUUCCCUUUUUUGGGUCGAUUCAUGGCUGAAUUGUCUACCUUAUUGUUUGCUCUUGCUAGUUUCUUAAUAUCCUUACCUUUGACUUUAAUAACAAUUGCCUUGGCUUGGCUCAGGUUUCAUCCAAAACGAGCCCUCCUGAUAUUUGUAAUAGGGUUCCUAAUUGGUUUUUGUGUGUGGGUUGUCAUUUCCAAAAAAGGUAACCAUUAAUAUUAAGAAGAAUAUGAUAAUUAUUGA